GUGAGUUCUUGUACGCAUGUGCAGAUGAGAAAAAAAGCGAGUGAGCAGUGAAUGGCGGACCGGCAGUGCCUCGGCGGGGGAGCUGGGAAGAGUGGCUGCUCAUGGCUUCAGGAGCUUUAGCUGUUGAUGCAAAAAUGUUCUGGACGCAGUUAGAAGGCAGCAAAGUAGACUUAAUAUUCGAGCAAAUACAGAAAGUACUUCUGUCUUUGAAAAAGAAGAUCAAGGAUGGAACUGCAACAAAUGAAGAAUACUGCCAAGCUUUGGCACUUGUGGAUCAGGUGGAUGUGACUGACUUCUUACCUCUGAAAAAUGUAAAUGUUGCUAAGGAAAAUAUACAGAAAUGCAAACCUGGUUUCCAUCCUUUGGCCUCAAGUGAAAUUAAAGAAAAUCCUGGAGAUGAUUUUUCUUUAAGAAUGGAGAUAAAGGAGGCGAUGCAUUCAAGGAGUAACGGAGAACCUACAGAAAUAUCUUCAACAUUGCCCUCUCAGGAUCAUAUAUGCUCUAAAAAAUGUCUUGUCAAAAGGCCAUGGGAUUCGUACAGGGGUGAAAACCCUCUUAAUCUGCCAAUACUGUGUCACUUCCAGAGAUGGAAUGCAAAAAAAGACUCUGCAUCAAAGUCAUAUGAUGUGAUGUACAGAGCUCCUUGUGGAAGGACUCUGAGAAAUUUCCAAGAGGUUCAGAAUUACUUAUUUCAAACAGAAUGCAACUUCUUAUUUUUAGAUCAUUUUUCUUUCAAUACCUAUGUGCAGGUUUUUAGAAAGUGCCCAAGCCAACAUGUGUUUGAAUUUGAUUUUGACAUCAGCCAAGGGGCAGAGACUGUACCAGUUUCUUUCUGUAAUGACAUAGAUAAUGAUCAGCUUCCUUACCUUAAAUAUCGGAAAGCCUCUUGGCCCCAUGGAUACCUCUUGAAUAAUUUUUCCAGCUCAUUUCUUGAUUCAUGCAGCUGCACUGAUGGCUGCAUUGACAGGACAAAAUGUGCUUGCCUGAUUCUCAUGGAAAGAAGUUGCCCAGAAGCUUCCCUGCCCUCAGGAAAAAAAAAAUGUAACGGCUACAGUUACAAAAGGCUGUGUAGGCCUCUUCCAAAUGGAAUUUACGAGUGCAGCUUGUUAUGCAGCUGUGACAAGAAGAUGUGCCAGAACAGAUUGGUGCAACAUGGCAUUCAAGUUCGGCUCCAAGUCUUCAAGACAGAAAAGAAGGGCUGGGGGGUCCGUUGUCUUGAUGACAUUGACAAAGGAACAUUUGUUUGUACAUAUGCAGGCAAACUGAUGCACAGAAAUGAAAAAGAUACAAAGGAUAGAUUUAGAAGCUACACCUUAUUUUCAGGAAAGAGAAAACUGGACAUAGACUGUUCUGACUCAGAAACUGAAUUCAUAGAAACCAGUAAGAGAGUUCAGAGCUACAUCUGUAACAAGAAUUGGAAUAACCAAGUUAUCAUAAGAUCAAAAUCCAGAACCUAUAGUCUUCAAAAUCUACGGGAACUAGAAUGUAUUUCUGUCAGCUCAGAAGAAGAAGAGAGUUUUGUGCGUGAGAAAUCUGGGACAACAAUGUUUACUGCAGCCAAGAAGGGAGAGGAAUGGAUUAAUAAACCGCACAAUGAUCCACUCUGUACUGAUGAUACUCACAAGGAAAUGAUUGGGAGAGACAGACAAGAACUUGCUCAUAAGGAAGCAGCAGUGGAAGACGAGGAGACAUACCUAAAAAAUAGAGAGAAUCCUUGUUUGCUUGAUGCCACUGAAGAAGGCAAUGUGGGCAGGUUUCUUAAUCACAGCUGCUCUCCUAACCUCUUUGUGCAGAGUGUAUUUGUAGAGACUCACAACAGAAAUUUCCCUUGGGUGGCAUUCUUCACAAACAGAACAUGGCAAGAUGAAUCAUACUUUCUAUUUGACGUAUCUGCAAACUGAUUGUGAAAAAUAAUGGCCAUGGAGUUCAUAAUACAGAUAAGUUUUCAGCUUAGGAUAGAAUUAAUGAGAUCAUUUUUCAGUUGAAAAACAACUCAGUGUCUGAACCCGAACCCUAACCCUAACCCUUUCCCUGGAAGGUUCCCUUUAUUGAACAUAUGCAGAUAGUUAAAAUAGUUCAUGCAUCACUAUCUAGUAAACCUUUUCUUUCUUUCUUUAAUUAUUUAUUUUAAACCUUUUUAUCCCAUCCUUUCCGACAAAUGGCUCAGGAUGGCUUACAAUGAUUAAAAUAGAAUAUAAUAUUACAAUAAUACAAUAAUUAAAACAAUAGAUAGUAGGUCAACAUAAAACAACAUUUUCAUAAGACUAAAGAAAAGAAGGAAAGGAAGAAAACGAAAAGAAUGCAACUGUGGUCAGUUCUUAAAACAUCUCAAAACCUUAAUUAUUAAAAUGAUGGCUGAAUAAAAAGGUCUUUACCUGGCACCGAAAAGAGUAUAAAGUCAGCACCAGGAGAACCUCUCUGGGGAGCACAUUCCAUAGUCUGCUAUAUAAUAAAAAUAUUAUUUAAAUAUUUACUAUUUUCUAUGUAAUGUUAAACAUUAAUUUCUGACAAUGUCUACUUUAAAAUUGGCUGGACUUACUCUCCACGGUUGCCCAAAGAUCUUCUUUUUUAAAAUUUACUAGACUGAUACUGAACCUGGAAACUGAUUUCAACCAUCUCUUGGCCAUGAGCCUAUUCCUUAUGUGGUAGCAAGCUCUUUCUCUUUCCCACUGCUAUAGGUGUGGGGAAAAUGAGAAUUCUUUCUUACCCACUAACUCUGUUUAUCGCAGGGCCACAGUCUGUCUGUCUGUCUGUCUCUCUCUCUCUCUCUCUCUCUCUCUCUCUCUCUCUCUCUCUCUCUUCAUUUAUUGGGAACUUCACAAGAGAAAGCAUUACCUUACCAUCAUGCACCAUAAUCCAUGAAUGCUUAAAUCACUUACCCACCAAAAUGACAUGCAUUUUGCUCAGGAAAUAAAAGUAACAGCUCAUAUGAAUAGUGCAUUUCCCCAGCCAGAGUAGUCAUACCUGAGACAGUGAGUGUGAAAAAGGGCUGUCAUUUUUAGAAAGUAGAUACAUCAAGUAAGUUCAGUUACUCUUUGAUUACUGCUGUUAUAUUAACUGGGUGAUAUGUUUGCUUCCUAGGCAUGUAAAAGCUGGAACAGAACUGACAUGGGAUUAUGGUUAUGAACCUGGAAGUAUGCCUGAAAAAGAGAUUACCUGUCAGUGUGGGAGUAAUAAAUGCAGGAAAAAAAUACUAUAGAAUAUUUGUAUCUGUAGGGCUUAAUUAGUAUUUCAUGUACAGAAAGGGGCCUUGUGUUACUGUGGGCCAGUCAACAUGACCAUGUUUAUCAUGUCAUAAAGCAGCUAUCUUUUAAUAACUUGGUUGCGUGAAGUGUUUAUCACAGUCUUCAUGUAUGGAAGUUUGAGAAUUCUGCCAUUAAUAAAGGAAUUACUAUGUGA